ACUUACUCAAGCAAGCAACAAUGAACAUAUCUAUUAUUUCAAAUUAAUUGUGAGGUAAAUUAAAAUAAUUUAUUUUACAAGUAUUAACAUAUUUUCGAAAAUUAUUUUUUUAAUGAGUAUAUUUGCUCAUUAUAAAAAUUAUAUAUAAACAAUACAUCCACAACAAGUGAUAUCCUAUUUUUAAAUAUGAAGUACAUUGCUAUAUUACUGUGUUGCUGUUCCUUAAUAGUAUGUUUUAAUGAAGAAUAUGAUAAAAAAAUAAAAAAAAUCACUGAAGAAUGCCAAAAGAAUCCAGCGACUCAAGCUUCCGAAGAGUGGUUAAAGACUGAAGACGUAAGUGUAAACUUGGAAGGAGAAGGUUCUCAUAUAUUUUGCAGACUGAAACUACUUGGAAGUCUGAAAGAAAACGGGGAUAUUGAUAUGGAGGCUAUGAAAACAGAUUUAUCUUCUGGAAUUUCCGAUCCUGAAAUAGUUGAGGCUCUGGUUGAAAAAUGUGGAACUAGAACGCCUGGUUCAUCACCAGAAAAGAGUGCUAUUGACAAUUUUAGAUGCAUUCUGUUAAAUUAUGAUAAGUUAAAAAAAGAUUAAAAUAUUUACGUUUGUAAUUUAAAAUUACAUGGUUUGUCAAAAUUUCUUUGGGUAUGCAUUAAAUAUAAAUUUUG